UCAGGGAGGAGGAGGUGGUGGGGGUGGUGGUUAUAAUCACCCCAGUCAGUCCUAUAGCUCUGGAGGCUAUAACAGUAACCAGUCCUCCAACAUGGGCUACAACCAGCAGUCAUCCUUCGCUGGAUACAGCCAGCAGCAGCAGCCUCCCCCUUCAUCCUCUGGAGGCUAUGAAGGUGGCUCGCAGGCUCCCAGUUACAACCAGCCACCGAGCAGUGGGCAGAGUGGAGGUGGUUAUGGCAGCAGUGGAGGUCACACAGGAGGCUAUGGUGGCAGCGGGAGCCACCCACAACCACCCCAACACGGAGGAGGACACCACAACCAGCCCCCCAGCUACAACUCUCCCCCUCCACAGAGCUACAAUCAACAGAGCCAGUAUGGACAAGGUGGAGGUUAUGGUGACGAAAGCCCUCCGAUGAGUGGCGGAGGGGGUGGAGGCUACGGUGGCCCUGAUGGAGGUUAUGGAGGUCAGGAUGCCCGUGGUGGAAGGGGCCGUGGAGGUGGAUUUGGAGGUCGCGGUGCUGGAGGAUUUGAUCGAGGUUUUGACCGAGGGGGCAGAGGUGGACCGAGAGGUCGAGGUGGCAUGGGAAUGGGCGAUCGUGGAGGAUUCAAUAAGUUUGGUGGUAAGUGACAAGAAAAACACUUAAACAAAAGGGUUUUGUGUUUGAAGUGAAUAAGCUUUAAUGGAGGGGAGAUAAGUAGUGGUAAAAUGUAAGGUAAUGUAGUAGGUGGUUUGUGAAAUAACUUAAGGCCUUGCAGAAGUGUAAUUAUGCACUUAUUUUUCAGGAAUAAAAAAAAACAAAAAGAAAACGAUGGUUCCAACUGUUGGGUAUCUCAUAACUUUAAACAUAUUCUUUAGAGUUAUUUUGUUUCAACUUUAGUUUUUUGUUGCACAAUAUAGACUGUGAUAAAUAUUUCCAGUGGCACAGCCCAACA